AUACUCUUAUUUAAAAAAAACUUAAUUGAAUUCUUACCAUCAUAGAAUAAAACAAUUCAAUGACCAAAGAAAUUGACACCUCAUUCCAAAUAUAUUCUUACUUUUAUUUCUCAUAGGUAAGGAAAAUGGUUGAUUAUAUUACCUUAGCAUCACUAUUGUUGUCUCUACCCCUCAUAUUCAAGAUCAUUCAAUUGUUCCCUUCAAAAACAUCAAAAGGGAACUACAAGAGGCUCCCGCCGGGGCCGCCGCGGUGGCCCAUCGUCGGCAACCUUCUUCAGCUCGGACGGCUCCCCCACCGCGACUUCGCUUCGUUUUGCGAGAAUUACGGGCCGUUGGUCUACCUGCGCCUCGGUAGCGUCGAUGCCAUCACGACCAACGAUCCGGACGUCAUCCGCGAAAUACUCGUCCAGCAGGACGACAUCUUUGCGUCCCGCCCGAGGACCCUCGCGGCCGUCCACCUGGCCUACGGGUGCGGGGACAUCGCCCUCGCCCCGCUCGGCCCGAAGUGGAAGCGGAUGCGGAGGGUCUGCAUGGAGCACUUGCUCACGACGAAGCGCCUCGAUUCGUUCGCCAGACAUCGCGCCGAGGAAGCGCAACACCUCGUGCACGAUGUGUGGCGAAUGACUACGGCAGCGGUGGCGAAACAGACGAACGGCGGGACCGUGAACUUGAGAGAGGUGUUGGGGGCAUUCUCCAUGAACAAUGUGACAAGAAUGUUGCUAGGAAAACAAUUCUUUGGGAGUACAAAAAUUAAUGGUGAUGAAUCUUCAAGCCAUAGCCAUAGCCAUCACCAAGAAGCCAAGGAAUUCAUGUAUGUCACUCAUGAGCUGUUUCAUCUUCUUGGGUUGAUCUAUUUGGGAGAUUAUCUUCCAUUUUGGAGAUGGGUUGACCCAUAUGGGUGUGAGAAGAGAAUGAGAGAAAUUGAGAAAAGGAUUGAUGAUUUUCACAUGAAAAUUCUUGAAGAACACAAGAAGAAGAAGAAAGUUGAAGGAGAUCAGAUGGAUUUUGUUGAUGUUUUGCUGUCUUUGCCUGGUGAAAAUGGCAAAGACCACAUGGAUGACAUAGAAAUUAAAGCUUUGAUUCAAGAUAUGAUUGCCGCGGCAACGGAUACAUCAGCGGUGACCAACGAGUGGGCAAUGGCGGAGGUGAUCAAGCGCCCACGCAUCCUAAAAAAGAUCCAAGAAGAGCUCGACGCCGUGGUGGGGCCCGACCGGAUGGUCUCGGAAAACGACCUCGCCCACCUGAACUACCUGCGGUGCGUGGUGCGCGAGACGUUCCGGACGCACCCGGCGGGGCCGUUUCUAAUCCCGCACGAGUCCACACGGGCGACCACGAUAAAUGGGUACCACAUCCCGGCCCGGACGCGCGUCUUCAUCAACACGCACGGGCUGGGGCGGAACCCGAGCGUGUGGGACGGGGACGUGGAGGAGUUCAGGCCGGAGCGGCACUUGCUCCGGCCGGAAGACGGAAGCGGGCGAGUGGAAAUAAGCCAUGGGGCCGACUUCAAGAUCCUCCCGUUCAGCGCGGGGAAGCGGAAGUGCCCCGGGGCACCACUCGGCGUCACGCUCGUCUUGAUGGCAUUGGCCCGACUCUUCCACGCCUUUGACUGGGGCCCGCCGGACGGGUCGAGGCCGGAGGACAUUGACACUAGGGAGGUCUAUGGAAUGACCAUGCCCAUGGCUAAGCCAUUGGUAGUUGUUGCUAGGCCUCGCCUCAAAGACCAUAGUUUGUACCACUCAAAAUGAAGCUAUUAUAUCUAUUGCCAAACAUUUACAAAUUCAUUUUGGCAAAGUGAAAUUGACAUUAAAUAUUUAAUACUCCUUAAUAAUAGCAACAACUCAUC